AUGGUCUGGUUUCGAAAAAGAGGGUACUCUCAAGAAGAAGCCAGGGAAUUGGCCUUAAAACCAAUUCCAGAAGAAAGAAAUAAAAAAUUAAACAAACAAAAGGAGGGAAAGAAACCGAAAAGACCUCACUCUGAUGGAUCCACUCCGGAGGCCCAUCAGAGGAAGAAAACAAAGAACGAAGGAAAUCAAGGGAAACACAAGGAGCAAUCUGGACAACCCCAGAAACCUUCCUACAAACAAGCGGUAGCUGGUUUAAGGGUGGGGGUUUUGCACUCCAAUUUUCCCGAGACCUUACCUACAACGGAACAGAUGGAGAAGAUCCAGAGCUUCAUCCUGGAAGCUAUCGUGGAAGAACAGGAGGGUCCCUACUCUCCAAGAUUCUACGGUAUCAACAGGAGACAAGGGGUUCUAAUCUUCACCUGCGAAAAUACCGAAACAGCUGAAUGGCUUAAAGGAAAGCAAGACUCCCUCAAGCCUUGGGAAGAGGCCAGUCUAAGGAUUGUACCAGAGGAAGAAAUCCCUCGUGUGAGAAUUGCGACUGUCUAUCUUCCUGAUAGUACUCACGAUACUACCGACAAGAUAAUGAAGCUCCUAAAAGGACAAAACAAAGAGCUAUCUGUCGGAGAAUGGAACGUUCUGCGGAGAAGCGACGAGGGGAAGUCUGUCCUACUCACCCUGGCAGUCGACUGCGCUACAGCGAACAAGCUUGAGAAGGAAGGUCCAUGGAUCGGCUACAAGUUUGGGAAAAGUUCAGCUUAG